CAUGUUGGCCAGAUUGUACUGUUAGGGUUAGUUAAUAACCCACCAAGGACUAGGGGGGAACCCAAAGGCGAGUGCACAAACAACAAAACCCAGAAGUGAUAAUACGAUAUUUAUUUAAACAAAAAAUAAACGACCAAAACAAACAACCAAAAAGAUAACAGAAAACGAGAGGGGAGCGGCAGGAGCGGUACUGGAAGCGCCGGGGAACUGCAGGGCGGACUGAUGACCAGGAGUGAUGAACCGGAAUGCAGGAUGACCAGGAAUGGCAGGAGAACCAGGAAUGGCAGGAACGCAGGAGAACCAAGAACGGCAGGAAUACAGGAGAACCAGGAACGGCAGGAACACAGGAGAACCAGGAACGGCAGGAACGCAGGAGAACCAGGAACGGCAGGAACGCAGGAACGGGGGGAAGGUCGUAUGGCAAGCAGACAAUCUGGCGACGAGUGAGAGAAAAGCCGGCGUUUAAAUGCAGGAGUUGAUGAGAUGAGGAAUGAGGCGCAGGUGUGUGUGGGGUCCGCCCUCCAGCGAUCUAUUGGCUGGAACCGCAGCAACCUCCGAAAACAGUACCGCUCCAGGCCGCUAGGGGGAGAAGGGAGCAAAACGGGAAAACAAACGCAAACCACCACCAAGAACAAAAGCGAUCGGGGAAACUAAAGAAAACGGAGAAAAACAAAAUACAAACCGGAAUGAAAACAAAACGCUGGGAAACCCUGAAAAUGAAAGAUGCCAUCGGGUAAAAUGCGCUGUACACGGCGUCUGCGCUCGUGGUUGGUGGAUCAGGUAAGCAGUGGAAAAUAUCGAGGUCUCGUUUGGGACGAUGAUGAGAAGACCAUGUUUCGUAUCCCGUGGAAACACGCCGCAAAACACGACUUCCGCAGCGACGAAGAUGCCGCCAUCUUUAAGGCCUGGGCGGAGUUUAAGGGGAAGCUGUGCGAUAAUGACCCAGCAGGUCCUGCGUCAUGGAAGACUCGACUGCGCUGUGCACUCAACAAAAGCCCAGAAUUCAGCGAGGUCCCAGAACGGUCGCAACUGGACAUCACGGAACCAUACAAAGUCUACCGCCUCGUACCUCUUGACGAGCAGGGAAUUAAAGAAGUAAAAAAAGAGGAUGAGGAAGAAAGAGAUGUGAGGAAGAGUAAACGGAGGAAGAGGAGGAGUAGUGACAGUAGUGAAGAGAUUCCUAUAAAACAUAUAAAAGAGGAAGAGUCGGUCACUGCGGUUCGGAAUAUUUCCAUGGAGAUUGACGAAACCACCACAAGACACGGCGUUGCUCCUCAUCCAGAGGAACGGACAGAACUCAGUGAUAUGAUGAAGAGUGAUGGAGUUAUUGAUGAGAUUCAUCUCAACCUCACAGUUGAAACAGCCAGUCCACUGGAAUACAAGAAAGAUUGUCCCUCAUUCUACAUCCGUGUUUAUUACGUGGGAAGGGAGGUGCUGAAGAGGGAGGUGAGCGGCGAUGACGUACGUAUCGCAGUCUUCCCGGCCUCUCUGGCCCCGCCCUCUCUAAAGACUUCCGGGUUCAAACGAGUGCCACUUCCUCCUCCUCCUUCGGAUCUGGCUUCCUGCCACAUCAGCUCCAUUUCCUCGCUGCUGUCGUUCCUGGAGGGCGGCGUGGCCCUGUCUUUAUCGGGGAAAGGCAUGUACGCCAAGCGCUUCUGUCAGGGCCGGGUUUUUUGGAGGGGACCCCAUUCGUUCACGCCCACCGCCAGCAAGAUGGAAAGAGGAGUCAAACCCACCAUGAUCUUCGACAAGCAGUGCUUCAAACAAGAAUUGGAGCUGUUCCGUAAUGGAGACGUGCAGCCUGAGACUGAGAUCACGCUCUGUUUUGGCGAGGAACUUCUGGAAGAUGAUGACAUUAACCAAAAACUCAUCAUCGUUAAGGUUGGACUUCCUUGGGCGGAGAAGCAGAUAGCAGAUGCUCAGGCAUGGUCGCACUCCGUCAGCCUACUGCAGAGUUUAGCCCAGCAGUCUCCAUCAGGAGAGAUCACGCUCAGCCUGGUGCCGGUUUCAGAUGAGAGCUACACCUUGUUGUGACGGGACUCUGAGUACACACUACAUAGGGCACUUCAGUUUCCGUCUCUGUGAUUAGUCGCAUUAGAUACUUCAUCUCUCUUCAUCUGUCUGUACUCGUGGAACUUUCUUUGCAUUAAUUAACCAAGUGUUGAAACGAUUCGAACACUAAAACACAAAUUAAACCUUUGCACUUUUA